AUGGAUCAGUGCAGCCAAUAUGCAUUAAGUUUUGGCACUGUUACUUUAGUCGUGUUUCAAAUUUUAGCAGCAACUCAUUGUUUCGAACUAAAUGGAACGUCUUCUAAUACAGACUACAGUUACAAUGAUACAGAACUGAUUGAAACUAGCUACAACCAAUCUAAUACAAGUCCGUUGUUAAAUGAAAGUAACAAAGAAAAAACAGAAAAUAUUUUGGAUGCUCAAGCAUAUAGUUUAGCUCUCUCGUCAAACAGAUCAACGAAAAUACAGGAUGUACUACAAAACAUCUCACAGGAUAGCCUAUGCAACAUAUCAACAAUUAUCGAGGUAUGUUGCCUUUCAUCAUGCUGUAACCAAACCGAUGUUAACAACAGAGAUUAUCGAAGUAUUCCGUACAGACCAGUACAGAAAACUCAAUACAACUGUUCACAGUUAUUUGCUAUAAUAACUGACCAGACCUGCAGAUUGAACUUUACCCUCUGCAUAUAUAAUUUCACUGAUACUUUAAGGCUUAUUUCUGGUAACACAUCUGACGUAUACACCCCAUGGCUUGAAUUUAUUAACAAAUUAUCAGUCAAUGAUAUUGAUGACUGUAACUUUUCGUUUACUGAUAUUCAAAAUGAUACACAAACUGUCGAUUGUAUAUUGCUAAAUGAAAACGGAUCUUCAGAAAAUGCUUCUAUUUACGAUAUUCCAUGUGAUCAUAUUACUUGCAGAGCAGAUACACUUAAAGAGUUAUGUGUAACGUAUAUAUGUGAUAAUCACAUACAAGUUUUCGAUAAAUCAUGCUUUUGUGAUGAGAAUAUUCACCAACCUAAAUGUUCCGAACAUUGUAAUGAUGGUUACUGCAAUAAUACGACUGGUGAAUGUAGUUCUUGUAAAUUUGGUUGGUUUGGAAAUGCAUGUGAACAUAGAUGCAUAAAUAACUGUAAGAGAUGUAUAGACAACUCCACAUGCCUCGAAUGUAUUGACGGUUUUUAUGGGCGCAUGUGCGAUCACAAAUGUUCUAAUGAUUGUCAAAUUUGUUCAAAAGACGGAAAAGUAUGUGAUUCUUGCAAAACAAAUAACGAUUUUGGACCCCAAUGUGCAUGUAAGGUGAACCAGUGUUUUAAGUAUAGUCCAAUGCUGAGAUGUCUCGAAUGUAAACAACCUGGUUGGUAUGUGUCACUUGGAGGUUGUUGCCCAUGUAGUCAUAACUGUGUAGGCGGGUUUGCCAGUUGUGACAAUAUAACAGGUUCUUGCUCAGACGGAUGUAUAGAUGAAUAUUAUGGAGAUACAUGUUCUGAUAAAUGUAGUACCCAUUGUUUGGAAAAACCUACAAAAUGUAACUCGCUAACUGGAGAGUGUGCAAAUGGCUGUGAACAAAACUGGUAUAGUUCUACAUGCAGUUAUGAAUGCCCAUUGUUUUAUCCUUAUUGCGAGCUUUGUUCUAAUACUACUGAUUUUGGAAUGAAGUGUGUCAAAUGUAUGGAUGGCUAUUAUAUGCCACAGAAAUACAGUCUGACAGACAAUGAACGAUCCUAUUUAAGUGGUUAUUGUUUCCCAUGUAACCAUUGUUUGAAUAAAACCUGUGAUGGGUAUAACGGUAUUUGUACGAAAGGCUGUAAAUUAAAAGGUCACUAUAACUCGGAUGAUUUUAUCUUAGGAGAGAAAAACUGUGUUUUAGAGUGCAUUUCAUGUUGGAAUCAGAACUGUGAUUUUAUAAAUGGAACCUGUUUGGAUGGUUGUGUACAUGGACUUUAUGGUAGCCACUGUGAUUUAACUUGUAGUGAAUCAUGUGUGUACAGUACAUGCGACCAAUCAUCUGGUGACUGUCUCUCCUGUAAUGUUGGCAACUAUGGCCCUUGGUGUAAAAGUAGUUGUGGCCACUGUGAGAAAAACGGAUGUGACCAAUACACUGGAGAAUGCGAUGGUAAUAUUACAUACUUCUUGUAA